CCAGUCUGUGGUAUUUUGUUAAAGCAACCCGAAUAGUCUGAGACAGGCCCUACCCUAGACCUACUGAAUCAGAAACGGUGGGAGUGUGGGGAUUUUUAACUGUAUUUUAACAAACCUUCCAGGUGAUUUGAAUGCACACUCAAGCUUGAGAACCACUAUCCUGUGGUGUCUAGCUCAGGAAACUACACCUUGGAGUUCACUGGAGAUGUUUAUGUGAUGACUGACCAUGUGGACAUUAUCUUUCCAGGGAGCCCCUGGGUCAGAUCUUCCUCCAGAUUCCACCUCACCUCUUCUUAGCAGCUCUGCUUGAGUUUACAGAUGUCCACCAAACUUUAGGCUCCUGAGAGAAUAAAGGUUGAGACCCAGCAUGACCAUGCCAGCUAAUUGGACCUCUCACCAGAAAUCCCUGGGCCUGGCUCCAGAGGAACAUGGCAGCUCAUGUGAGGGUAUCAAGUUCCUGAAACAGAGGUUUUCAUGUUGGAGCAAGGAAAGGAGCCAUGGGCACUGCAGGGUGAGAGCCCACAUCAGAGCUGUCCAGAAGAAUUGUGGCAGAUUGAUGACCAGAUAGAGAGCUAUCAACAAAGAGGAAACAAAUCUUUAAGAGAUGUUGCUUUCAUCAAGAAAAUAUUGACUAUAAAGAGGGAUUAUGAAUAUAAAGACAGAAAAAUAAUUCAUGUGAACCAAAACAUUCCUUCCCCAAAGAGACCUCAUCAGUGUGACUUAUAUGGAAGUGCUUUAAGCCAUAAUUUAGAUUUACACGGUCAUAAUAGAAACAGUGGAUCAAAGAACAUUAAUAAGAUUACUGAAUAUGGUAAAAUUUCUUCCUGUACUAAACAUGAGUGUACUCCAACAGGAGAGAAAUUAUGGGGCCAUAAUCAAUGUGGAAAAAUCCUCAGCUAUAAACAAGUACCCUGUCAACAUCAGAAAAGUCAUACUGGGGCAAAAUCUUAUGAAUGUGCUGAAUUUGGAAAUAUCUUCACCCAGAAGUCACAACUCAAGGUACAUCUGAAAGUGCAUACAGGAGAAAAACUGUAUGUAUGUAUUGACUGUGGGAAGGCUUUUGUACAGAAGCCAGAAUUCAUUACACAUCAGAGAACUCAUACUAGAGAGAAGCCCUAUAAGUGCAGUGAAUGUGGGAAAGCCUUUUUCCAAGUAUCUUCUCUUUUCAGGCAUCAGAGAAUUCAUACUGGAGAAAAACUCUAUGAAUGCAGUGAAUGUGGGAAAGGCUUCUCUUAUAACUCAGAUCUUAGUAUACAUCAGAAAAUUCAUACUGGAGAGAGACACCAUGAGUGCAGUGAUUGUGGCAAAGCAUUCACACAGAAGUCCACACUCAAGAUGCAUCAGAAAAUUCAUACAGGCGAGAGAUCCUAUAUAUGUAUUGAAUGUGGACAGGCCUUCAUCCAGAAGACACACUUGAUUGCGCACCGAAGAAUUCAUACUGGAGAAAAACCAUAUGAAUGCAGUAACUGUGGGAAGUCCUUCAUUUCCAAGUCACAACUGCAGGUACAUCAACGAACUCACACAAGAAUGAAACCGUCUAUAUGCAACGAAUAUGGGAAGGUUUUCAACAAUAGUUCCAACCUCAAUACACAUAAGAAAGUACAAAUGAGAGAGAAAUCUUCCAUAUGUACUGAAUGUGGUAAGGCCUUUACGUACAGGUCAGAGUUGAUUAUACAUCAGAGAAUUCACACUGGAGAGAAACCUUAUGAAUGCAGUGAUUGUGGAAAAGCCUUCACUCAGAAGUCAGCACUCACAGUGCAUCAGAGAAUUCAUACAGGAGAAAAAUCAUAUAUAUGCAUGAAAUGUGGGCUAGCCUUCAUCCAGAAGGCACACUUGAUUGCCCAUCAGAUAAUUCAUACAGGAGAGAAACCUUAUAAAUGUGGUAAUUGUGGGAAAUCCUUUACUUCCAAGUCACAACUUCACGUGCAUAAACGAAUUCACACAGGAGAGAAACCUUAUAUGUGCACUAAAUGUGGGAAGGCAUUUACCAACAGGUCAAAUCUCAUUACACAUCAGAAAACUCAUACAGGAGAGAAAUCCUAUAUAUGUCCUAAAUGUGGCAAGGCCUUCACACAAAGGUCAGACUUGAUUACACAUCAGAGAAUUCAUACUGGGGAGAAACCUUAUGAAUGCAAUACCUGUGGAAAAGCCUUCACCCAGAAGUCACACCUCAAUAUACACCAGAAAAUUCACACUGGAGAGAGACAAUAUGAAUGCCAUGAAUGUGGAAAAGCCUUCAACCAGAAAUCAAUACUCAUUGUGCAUCAGAAAAUUCAUACAGGAGAGAAACCCUAUGUGUGCACUGAGUGUGGAAGAGCCUUCAUCCGGAAGUCAAACUUUAUUACUCAUCAGAGAAUUCAUACUGGGGAGAAACCUUAUGAAUGCAAUGAUUGUGGGAAAUCCUUCACCUCCAAGUCUCAGCUCCUGGUGCAUCGACCAAUUCACACAGGAGAAAAACCAUAUGUGUGUGCUGUAUGUGGGAAAGCCUUUAGUGGCAGGUCAAAUCUCAGUAAACAUCAGAAAACUCAUACCGGAGAAAAGCCCUACAUUUGUUCUGAAUGUGGGAAGACCUUCAGACAAAAGUCAGAACUGAUUAUACAUCAUAGGAUUCAUACUGGAGAGAAACCUUAUGAAUGCAGUGACUGUGGUAAAUCGUUCACUAAGAAAUCACAGCUCCAAGUGCAUCAACGAAUUCACACAGGAGAGAAGCCUUAUGUGUGUGCUGAGUGUGGGAAGGCCUUCACUGACAGAUCAAAUUUGAACAAACACCAGACAACACACACUGGAGACAAACCCUAUAAGUGUGUAGUCUGUGGGAAAGGCUUCGUUCAGAAAUCAGUUCUCAGCAUGCAUCAGAGUAUUCACACUUGAGAGAAACAUUCUGAGAAAACCUCAGUGAAAUCAGAUUUUAUUUUACAUUAUGGAAUUCGUGCAACAGAAAAAUAUGCAUAUUAUCGUAACUAGAAAUGCUCCAUCAGAAUGUCAUACAUUACUAUAAAGAAGAGGACCUCUGAAAGGACCCUGAAUGGGAGGACCCCUUCCCAUAUCGUGACCAGCCUCAGUAAACCUUGGGGCAUUCAUAAUGAGAAGGAACUUUGUCAGUUUGGUACAUUAGAAGAAGCCUUCUCAUGAAAACUGUAACGGAACACUGUUAGCAAAUUCUGCACUGGAAACAUUAUGUGAAGUCAUGCUAAUGAUAAUCCUGCUUACUGUGGAAUAGGUAAUAUGCCAACAAGUUGAAUGGUAGAACAGCAUAAUAUAUACGAUAACGAUAAACCCUAAGUUCUGUGAGAUGUUUGUUGCAGAACACAUUGCCUAACAGAAUGUUGUGUGUCAUUCUUCUGUUGAAUCAAACAUGGUCUGUGUAUCUAAUCCCCCAUUGCAUAUUUUUAUCAAGAAAGGGAUGCCACAAUAAAAAAAUUAUUUAUGUA